GAAGAAGAGACAGAACGGAAGCGCCUUACGUUCACGUGCACGCUCUACUAGGAAUUGUUUUAAGGCUUGCGCGCGCUGUUCCCAGUAGUUCGAGAAGCUAGUGAUAUUUCGAUAAAGCAAAAACUAGCGAAAAUGUCGAGCACCAGACUCGGAGCGUUUCGGAGUUUUUUAACGGAGAAAUUCAUGAACUUGGCUGUGGAGUUAUUUGAAGAAGUGGAAACUAUUGUGGAGACGUACUACGAGGAAAACAAGCGUCAGAGGACCAUACUACAGAUGGCUCUGAAUCCACAGAUACAGUUAUCAAAGAUAGAUAUUGGUCAACACACUGGAGCCACACCUAAUGUCAAAAAGCAGCCACCACAGCUGAACACAUUGGUGCAACCAACAAGAGCAGAACCACUUCCAAAAAAACAUAAAGAGGAACAAAUUGAAAGUGACAAAAACUCCAAAGCCGAUGACUUGUUGACAACUUGUGUGCAAAGUGACCCAGGAGAAGAAGAGAACAUAAAUAUGCCCUACAUCGUUAACUCCUUCCACAUUCCAGCGGAGGACCCCAAACCUGAUUUUACAGCCAGUCAUUCAGGUGAUGAAGAAGUAAUUUAUGGACACAAGGACAUCUUAACAGACUGCAAUGUAAAAAAUGUAGAUGUUGUUGUAGAAAGUUUAUCUCUGUGUCAGAGUGAAGGGGGAACAACUGAAUGUGGUGAACCUCAAAACAGUCUUAUUUCGGAAAAGACCAAGUCGAAGCAUCUUUCUACCAAACGGACACCAACAAAACCCUGCCUGCAGGAAACCAAACUUGAAUUACCAAGUGGUGUUGGUGAAUCUCCUCAGACGUUUAAUGAUGCUCGGGUCACACUGCGCCCAAUUGUUCAGUUAAAAAGUCUGUGCCAUCGUUCUCCACAUGGGCAUUGUAAUGAUAUUGGUCAACACACUGGAGCCACACCUAAUGUCAAAAAGCAGCCACCACAGCUGAAAACAUUGGUGCAACCAACGAGAGCAGAACCGCUUCCAAAAAAACAUAAGGAGGAACAAAUUGAAAGUGACAAAAACUCCAAAGCCGAUGACUUGUUGACAACUUGUGUGCAAAGUGACCCAGGAGAAGAAGAGAACAUAAAUAUGCCCUACAUCGUUAACUCCUUCCACAUUCCAGCGGAGGACCCCAAACCUGAUUUUACAGCCAGUCAUUCAGGUGAUGAAGAAGUAAUUUAUGGACACAAGGACAUCUUAACAGACUGCAAUGUAAAAAAUGUAGACGUUGUUGUAGAAAGUUUAUCUCUGUGUCAGAGUGAAGGGGGAACAACUGAAUGUGGUGAACCUCAAAACAGUCUUAUUUCGGAAAAGACCAAGUCGAAGCAUCUUUCUACCAAACGGACACCAACAAAACCCUGCCUACAGGAAACCAAACUUGAAUUACCAAGUGGUGUUGGUGAAUCUCCUCAGACGUUUAAUGAUGCUCGGGUCACACUGCGCCCAAUUGUUCACUUAAAAAGUCUGUGCCAUCGUUCUCCACAUGGGCAUUGUAAUUCUAGAAGGCUCAUUCAGGUCAAGUACAAGCAACGGCAAAGGUAUGUGACGCUGGAUGAUACUGGAGAAAGGUUGGACUUUCUGCAGUUCCAUAAAAAAGUCAUUGAAAGGUUUUCCCUGCCACCAGAAGCAGACAUUGUAUACAAGGACUCAACAGGGACACAAAUCAAUGAAGAAAUCUUCAGUGAUCGUGUAAGACAAGGCUACAUGCUGUUGUCUGUUUUUUUAAAUAAUGAUCUCUCUGACACCUUGAACAUUACAACGUCUGAAUCAAGUCACAGCAGGUCAACUUUAACCCUGGAUGAGAUCCCGAACAAGCGACAAAGAUUAAACGAUCCAUCUUUUGCAAUGCUUGCAAGACAGUUGGUUGAGGGUGUGCUGAAAAUUAAGUCUGGGGGUGAAGAGAUACUACAGGAGUAUCACGCUACAGACACUCUUACAAAUGCCACAAGAAGAAAGAUGGUUAACAUACUGGUGGCUCACAUGACUGAUAUCCAUGGGCUUAUUCCUUCUAAAUCAACCAAAGAAAUGUAUGCUCUUGGGAUAGUGACGCUGUUCCCCUCCCUCAAGGAUCCAAAUUCCAUAAAAGGUUAUGAAUACUUCUAUGAUGCCACAAGGAACACAGGAUGCAUCACCUUGCGUCUGAAAACAGUCAACAGGAAGCGUCGUCAAAGCUCUGCUCUCCAUCAAACAGUUUUGCCAUCAAACAGUUCCUGCAAUGUCCCAGAAUGCCAGAGGGACACUAAUUUAAAAGGACAACUCAAUUGGGAUGCUUGCAUUGAGGCCAUUUCUUUGCUCAAACAAACAACAGAGUCUCUGAUCUUUCAAAAGAUGAACGAGACAUUUCAGCAUCGACGGAAGCUUGUUGGUGAAUCAGACAGAACUGCUGAUAUCUUCUCCAUCUUCCCAAGAUUCCUAAAUGUAAAAGGAUUGGUGGAUCAAGAUUUCACUCUCCUAUUUGGUGAUGAGACAUCCUCCAUGUUCCUUGAGAAAUGGGACAUGUUCUUCAGGCCUAAUGUCAUAAAGCAGGCUAAGACACUCACUUCCACACCAGAGUUGAGGCAAUUGCUACUAAUAGCAGAAGGCCCCCCUGGAAGUGAUCUUGUUGGUACUAGAACCAGCGACCAACAAAUGUCCUCCCUUUUGUUAUUGUUGCAUCUUCUUCCUCCACCACCAGGAAAGUCACAAAUAAGUGCAUGCGAUGCAGCUCAAAGACUUGUCGUCUUUCACAAGAAAAUUCAGGAUUUCAAGGAGAAGGUCAACAGCCAGACACGUCAGUAUCCGUACCUGGUUGCUGUUGGAUUUGUUAGGAGUAAGAUCGACAGCUUCUACAUUGCCGUGGACAAGCAUCUCAUCCCUUGUCAGACCAACGAAUUCCUUGUAGCAUUCGAUGAACUGUUCAAGGCUCACUUUGUGUUUAAUUUGCCUUACGAUGCUGCACUUGUGAACUUUUACACCUUCCUACAGACAACAGUGUACAAAAUUGACUGCCCAGAGGCAGCCAGACACCAGACAGAAGCUUUAACAUAAGCAUUCUACUGCUUAGACACGCUAAUCUGUUUUGUCAGAAAAGACAUCCCACCAGUCAGCAGUUUAUUUCGCAUUUAAGAGUUCAACAUGGUGACUACCCUUGACCUAACUGCAAAUUAAUAUGUUCUCAGCACGGUUGUAGUCUUGCUCGCAACAUUCUUAUUGGUCACACUUCAGUUGGAUGUUCCUCCACUGAAUUAGUUGCAACAUCAUUAACAUGCCCUUAUUCUGGAAGAUCAGAAUAAUCCCCGGGAUCUGUCCACUUUUUCCACUGCUUCCUCUAAGAAUGGUGUCACUGUUUUUUUUAAGAUCUAACCACCAAAGACUCGUUUGCACCCAUUGAACACUUUAGCCUGAUGUCUUUUAAUGCUUCAAAUAAUAACCAUAGUAUUUUCACCUUCUCUCUUGGCAUGAUGGGUCAUUUGAAGCGUUUGGUUGUUGACCACAUUAUUUAGGUGUAAAGAAAAUGUGUGGAGUAUGAGGUUUGAAUGUUUGAAUGGCCAUGUGGUUUAAAGAUUAUUUUUGAAAGGUUUUUGUAAACCUAAAGACAUUUGCAAAUAAUCAUCAGAUGUUCAUUGCACAUCGCUACAUACAUAAUGAGAACAGGCCAAUAAAAGAGGUGCUUUGUUAUGACCUUUAACAGCAGGUGAAUGUAUUACCUAAAUGAUGGUUGGUCGAUGUGUAUUUAUAAUAAUAAUAUUACUAAUAAUA